UUUUCGGCGAACCCGCAAGCCUGGGACUUUGGUGCCGCUUCUGCCCCUGACAUUCAUUGUGGCAUACCAAGCAGAUUUGGCCUAUGGCUCCAAACUCAAUCGAAUCAAAAUGGAGGCUGAGAACAUCUUGGUGUUUGAGCGUGAGCUGGUUUCAAUGCCGAUGGGUGUGCCGACUCCAGCUUCAAUUGAUGAGGCUCGUGAACGACAGGAGGAAUCCAAGCGACUGAACAAGAUUUACCGGCUGUAGGUGAUCAGAGAUUAACUGAGUCACUUUCCCUUCCCCUUUUAUUUUAUUAUAUAUAAUAUAUAUAUAUUGUAGCUGAUGGAGGGUUUUUGGCAGCUUUUAUGUUAUGUUAAAUUUGAUGUUGUGUUGUGUAGUUUUUCACAACUAGUUACUUAAUUGUUUUAUGUAUGUCCUCAAGCAUGGGAUUUCAAAGGUUCCUUCCCACUCUUAGUGCUUUCACUUUGUUCUCUUU